UUGCUGACCGGCUAAACGCCACAUCAGUUUUUCUUGUUAAAUUAGAUUAACGUUAAAGGCUGAAAACUGCUCUAAAUCGCGUCGUGCUUCAAGCCCAACAGUGUUAGAGUUCGCCUUCAGCUCUUAGGAUCAUAAUUAAACCGGACUUGCGGCUACAAGACAUGUGCACAGAGCAAAACACGUAACAGCAGCAAUAACAAUGCAGCAACACUUUCUGUGCCUCUGCGCUUUACUUGCGCUUACCUCUCACUGUCUGGGUACAGAGUCAAGCCAGAGCUAUCCCAUAACAACACUUAUCAAUGCGAAAUGGACACAGACGCCAUUGUACUUGGAAAUUGCCGAGUACUUAGCAGACGAGCAAGCCGGUCUGUUUUGGGAUUAUGUGGAGGGAGCGGUAACAGUGGACUCGGCGCUCAACAGUUAUGAUACUGAGUCGCAGCAGUACAAUGCGGCGUUGCAAUUGGUACGAGCACAUCUCAGUGCGCCGCAGUUGCCACUCCUUAAGCUCGUUGUGGCUAUGCAUAGCUUGACGCCGCGUAUACAAACACAUUUUCAGUUGGCUGAUGAACUGCGUGCAUCAGGUGCUUGUCAGGCAGCAAUUUAUGCACAGGUAGGCACUGAACUGGCCUGCAGCUUGUCGGAGCUGCAACAGAAGCUCCAGUUGCCAGCAGCUACAAGCCUGGAUGCAACGGUGGAAACCUACAGCUUCGACCACAUUUACCCGGGCAGCGAGAACAAUACACGCACUGUUGUGCUCUACAGCGAUUUAGGCAGCGCCGCAUUUCGUCCCUUUCAUAAGCUGCUCGAGCGCGAGGCCAAUGCAGGAAAAGUGCGCUACAUAUUGCGCCAUCAGCUUGGUGAGCGCAGCACGAAAGCAGUUCGUCUUUCCGGCUACGGCGUGGAGCUGCAUUUAAAGUCAACGGAGUAUAAGAGUCAGGAUGAUGCACUCAAGCCAGAAGCAGGAGCCGAUGGUGCCGGAGUUGGCGAUGAUGCAGGCAAUGACUCCGAUGUACAAGGUUUUGACUUCAAGGUACUUAAAUCGCGCCAUCCCACUCUUAAGCGCGCAUUGGAUCAACUGCGACAGCGUCUGCUGCAGGGAAAUGACGAAAUUGCUCAGUUAAAGGCGUGGGAAUUUCAAGACCUUGGGCUGCAGGCAGCCGCUGCCAUAGCUGAAAUACAAAGCGAUGAAGCACUGCAAAUACUACAGUAUACGGCGCAUAACUUUCCCAUGUUGGCACGUACACUGCUGGCGCAUAAGGUGACAGAAGCUCUGCGAUCGGAGGUGAAACAUAAUACGGAGUCCUUUGGACGCACGCUCAAUGUGGCGCCGCCUGAUGGUGCUUUAUUCAUCAAUGGUCUUUUCUUUGAUGCAGACACCAUGGAUCUAUAUUCCUUGGUGGAGACGUUGCGCGCAGAGGUACGCGUACUUGAAAGUCUACAUAGCAACAAUGUACGCGGUACAUUGGCCGCCUCCCUGCUUGCUCUUGACUUGGCGGGGUCCAACAAACGCGAAUUUGCCAUCGAUAUUCGCGACACUGCGGUGCAGUGGGUCAAUGACAUAGAAACGGAUGCACAAUACCGCCGUUGGCCGGCGUCGGUCAUGGAUUUACUGCGGCCCACGUUUCCCGGUAUGCUGCGUAAUAUACGGAAGAAUGUGUUUAAUCUAGUGCUGGUGGUAGAUGCGCUGCAGCCGGUGGCACGCAGUGUAAUUAAACUAGCUGAAUCUUUUAUACUGCAUCAAGCGCCAGUGCGUCUAGGUAUUGUGUUCGAUGCCAGAGCUGCCAACGAACAGACUUCAGCAGACUACGUUGCUAUUGCAUGUGCCUUUAAUUAUGUUAGUCAGAAAAAGGAUGCACGGGCAGCUCUUAGUUUUCUCACGGAUAUUUAUGCAGCAGUUGGAGAGACGGCAGCCGUGACACUCCAGCAUAUUACGUUGCAGCUUACUAAGGAGUUCACUACGCUUUCUAGCAGCAAGGCGUCUGAAUUUUUGGAGGAGGACUCUGAUUAUGACUACGGACGUCAGCUGGCAGCAGAGUUCAUUGAGCGCCUAGGAUUUGGAGAAGUGGGUCAACCACAGGCUCUACUCAACGGCGUUCCAAUGUCGAGUAACAUCAUAACAGCCGAUAGCGACUUUGAGGAGGCAAUUUUCUCAGAGAUCAUCAGCCAGACCACGGCACUGCAGAAAGCAGUUUAUCGCGGUGACUUAACGGAUAACGAGGUUGCCAUUGAUUAUUUAAUGAAUCAGCCCCAUGUAAUGCCCCGCCUCAAUCAACGCAUCCUCAGCAACGAUGAUGUCAAAUAUUUAGACAUCAGCGGAGUGCCCUCGAAACAGUUAAGCAAUGCGGCGGCAUUAAAUAGACUGUCAAAUCGUGACAUGACUGCCACUCUGAUGCAAAAUCUGAAAUACUUUGGCGGAAAGCGUAGCACGGAGCACAUUGGCCAUGCCUCCAUACAUUUUCUUACGUUGUGGGUAUUCGCCGAUUUGGAAACUGUCGAGGGACGCGCCUUGCUUACACAUGCGUUGGAGUAUGUUCAGUCUGGACAGAGUGUGCGGUUGGCAUUCAUCCCCAAUACGGAGGGCAUUGCUGCAGGCAACAAACAGUCGCUCAAUCAAUUAGCAUGGGCGGCUAUGCAAACGCUGAAACCGUCAGAGGCUACGGACACAGUUCUUAAGUGGCUUCGUAAGCCAAAAGAGAAGCCGGUUCUGCCCAAGCAGCUAGAGGAGGUUCUGGGCUCUACCGACCUCCAUUUGAAAAUGCUGCGCGUCUAUGCUCAACGCGUUCUAGGAUUGGGUAAAUCGCAGCGUCUGGUAAUUGGCAAUGGACGUCUCUAUGGACCCCUUAACGCUGGAGAAUCCUUCGACAGUGCCGACUUUGCUCUGCUCUCGCGCUAUAGCUCGCUUCAGUAUGGUGACAAGGUACGCGAUGUGCUUAAGGCGUCCGCAAUGGAUGUGGGUAAAGAUUUUAACAGCGACACGCUGCUCAAACUCUAUGCGAGUUUGCUGCCACGGCAGACCAAGACCCGUUUUAAAUUGCCAUCGGACUUAAAGACUGCUCAUUCAGUGGUGCAGCUGCCACCAAAGCAAACUUUGUUGCCUCAUUUCGAUAUCGUUGCCGUGUUGGAUCCUGCAUCGCGAGCCGCCCAGAAGCUGACCCCCAUUUUGAUACUGCUCCGUCAGACUCUGAACUGCCAGCUCCACAUCUAUCUGACGCCUGUGCCUCAACACAGCGACAUGCCAGUAAAGAACUUUUAUCGCUAUGUUGUGGAGCCUGAGGUGCAGUUUGAAGCGAGCGGCGCUCGCGCUGAUGGACCUCUGGCUAAGUUCAGUGGUUUACCUGCCAAUCCGCUUCUUACGCAGCAAUUGCAAGUUCCCGAGAACUGGCUGGUGGAGGCUGUGCGCGCCGUCUACGACCUGGACAAUAUUAAGCUACGCGAUAUUGGCGGCCCUGUGCACAGUGAGUUCGAUUUGGAAUAUUUGCUGCUCGAGGGCCAUUGUUUUGAUGCUGCCACCGGGGCACCACCACGUGGCUUGCAGUUAGUGUUGGGUACCAAGGCGCAGCCCACGCUAGUCGAUACCAUAGUUAUGGCCAAUUUGGGUUACUUCCAGCUGAAGGCCAAUCCGGGCGCCUGGACUUUGCGCCUCCGCGAUGGCAAAUCUGCGGACAUUUAUGACAUAACACAUGCCGAAGGACCGAAUACUUUGCAUCAGGCAGGUGCGACACAGGUGCUUAUUAGUUCCCUGCGCUCGCAUGUUAUCAAGUUGCGAGUAUCCAAACGGCCGGGUAUGCAGCAGGCUGAAUUGCUUUCCGAUGACAACGAUAAUGCGCAGACGGGCAUAUGGAAUAGCAUUGCUAGUAGCUUUGGCGGUGGCAGCAGCGGAACGGGAGCAACGGACGAGGACAGUGAGACGAUCAACAUCUUCUCCGUGGCGUCGGGACAUUUGUACGAGCGUCUGCUGCGCAUCAUGAUGGUGUCGCUUCUGAAGCACACCAAAUCGCCGGUGAAGUUUUGGUUCCUUAAGAACUAUCUGUCGCCACAGUUCACCGACUUUCUGCCCCACAUGGCCCGCGAGUAUAAUUUCCGUUAUGAGCUAGUCCAAUACAAGUGGCCGCGUUGGUUGCAUCAGCAGACGGAAAAACAGCGCACGAUUUGGGGCUACAAAAUACUCUUCCUUGACGUCCUUUUCCCGCUAAAUGUUCGCAAAAUAAUCUUUGUGGACGCUGAUGCCAUUGUGCGUACGGACAUUAAGGAGUUGUACGAUUUGGACUUGGGUGGUGCGCCCUACGCCUAUACUCCUUUCUGUGAUUCGAGGAAGGAGAUGGAAGGUUUCCGGUUCUGGAAGCAGGGCUACUGGCGCAGUCAUCUUAUGGGAAGACGGUAUCAUAUCUCUGCCUUGUAUGUGGUGGAUCUAAAGCGCUUCCGCAAGAUUGCUGCCGGUGACAGACUACGUGGGCAGUAUCAGGCGCUCAGUCAGGAUCCCAACAGCUUGGCCAAUCUUGAUCAGGACUUACCCAAUAAUAUGAUACAUCAGGUGGCAAUUAAAUCACUCCCAGAUGAAUGGCUAUGGUGUCAGACCUGGUGCAGUGAUAGCUCCUUUAAGCGUGCCAAGGUCAUCGAUUUGUGCAACAAUCCGCAGACAAAGGAGGCUAAACUUACGGCGGCGCAACGCAUCGUGCCCGAGUGGAAGGAUUACGAUGCUGAGCUGAAGGCUCUGUUGGCUCGCAUAGAAGAUCACGAGAACUCGCACGGUAGUGGGACAAGUGGGAGCAGAGAGGAUAAUGCGUUUCCUGUGACUGACCCGCCUAUGCCGGAGCCAAAGCACGGCGAGCUGUGACUGCCCUUUAGCUGAAUUUGUAAUGCAGUUGCGCCUUAAGUGAUUCUUGUAAGCCUAAUGUCAACUCGAUACUACAUAGCUAAGCAUCUCCUACAACAUAAUAAAUUUAAAAAUCUAAUUUUUAAUUAAUUAA